GAUUGAGGCAGGUGUCUUCUGUCAGACUCUUCCGACGUUUACAAUUGACAAACAUGAGAGGCUGGAGUGUGAAACUGACGAUCGUAUUAGUUGCGAUCGUGAUUGGGACCUCACAAGCACGACAGUCACGACUUGACGACGAAGAAAACCGUCUAAGUAAUUCCAAUGAUGACGUGCAAAGACGCAUCGACUUUCCCGACAAGUCAAUUCUCAACCGCGUAAUUCGAGCCGCUCUUGAAACGAGCGGUCGCGGCAGACGAGGAGAUCUGAUACCUGAGGCUAGCCAGCAGAUCAGCCACGUGGCUGAUCAUGAAUUACAAGUGGCUGCUGGUGGUCACGGAAAAGGCGAUGGAGGUAAGGGUGGAAAAGGCAAAGGUGGUGGGGGAAAAGGAUUUUCCAAGAGUCACAAAUCCGGACACGACAAGUCAGCUGGACACAAGAGCGGCAAAGGCUUCAAAAGCGACAAAGGUCACAAAUCUGGGCACAAAGCAGGGCACGGCAAAGGCGGUAAAAAGGGCCAUUUCGACAAAGGCCAUCACGACAAGAAAGGCGAUCAUCACAAGAAACACUCCAAAGGCCAUCACAAAAGCGGGAAGAAAGGAGGCAAAGGUCACAAAAAAGGCCACAAGGGACAUUUCGGAAAGGGUCACAGUAAAAAGGGCUUCAAGCACGAGAGCCACAAGAGCGAGUCUGGCGUAAAGAAGAAGUUCCACGACCACGGCGACAAGAAAGGCUUUCACGGCGGCCACGACCACUUCGACUCGUUCUUCAAGAGCGCCAAAGGCGGUGGACACAAGUCCGGCAAAUUCGGAGGCCAUAAGAAGCAUGACGGUCACGGCAAAAAAGGCUUCUUUGAAAAAGGCCACAAGGAAGGACACAAAAGCGGACACAAGAGUGGACAUGGGCACAAAGGCCACCACGGACACAAGAGUUCUCAUGGAAAGAGUGGCGGUCAUAAGAGUGGCAAGAGUAGUAAGCACUUUUCAGUGGUUGCUGCAUUUGGGCUGUUGGUAGUGGCAGCAGCUGCAGCAACAGACGUGCCUGUGGCAGACUUGCAGACUUCUGGCAGCGGAGUGAAAGUCGUCAAGACUUAUGACUUGCAGACUGCAGCGACUGGUUACUAUCACCCUUCUCACGACCACCACGACCAUCACGGCUACUCUAACGACCACCACGACGGUUACCACAACAACAUCGGCUACAAAGGCACGCACGGCUACAAAGGCAUCGAUGGCAAACACGGUCACGGCUACGGUAGCUUCGGCAAAGGCCAGGAUCUGGGAUUUUACGACAAAGGCGCAUCUCUGUACAAAGGCGACGACCACCAGAGCCACCUCAAAGGCGGACACGUAUCCGGAGCUCAUGGAAGCAAAGGCCAUCUUGCCGGAUCCAAAGGCCACGUCAACAAAGGACACAAAGAUAAGGGCUUCAAGAACGUGUACCACAAGGAGGAACAUGGCUUCUCCAAGGUCUUUGAAGACGAUGCAAACAAAAACUUGUUCCACUCGAACUACGACGAUGCAGAUAGAUUCCACAAGUCCCACAAGGCAGGAGGUUUCAAGGGAGGAAAAUUCAUUGAUGACAAGCACCACAACAAGUUCGGGUCCAAAGGCCACGACGCGCACGGUCACUUCCACGACGACUUUAAAGGCAACAAAGGCAUCCACGGUCACGACAGUCAAUACGGACACAAGUCCUCUUAUGGCCAACUCGGUGGACAUGGACACGGCCAUGGGCAUGGUUAUGGCCAUCACGGACACGGCUUUGGUGGUCUCGGAUUUGGUGGACACGGACAUGGAUUCGGUGGACGCGGUAUUGGUUUCGGCGGACACGGUCACGGAUUUGGUGGACAUGGAUUUGGCGGACAUGGUCUCGGAUAUGGCGGUCAUGGUCAUGGAUUCGGCGGACAUGCUCUCGGAUUUGGCGGUCACGGGUCUGGGUAUGGUCACGGAUCGAACUUCGUGGACGUUGACGGUCACGGCGGCGGCCACGGUGGAUUUUUGUACGGCCGCCCUGGAUUUGGCUACGGCAGCGCCCACCGUUUGGGGCACGGCAGCGGACUCGGUUUUGGUGGACAUGGACACGGAAUUUCCUUCACUAACAGUUACGGUCACUAACCGUACGGCCCUUGCCUUUGGAUGAACCGCACACUGAGAGAAAUGACUGAGACUUUGUCCAAAUAGCUUUGCACAUUUUGUCAUUGUAUUGGUAAUCUUGAUCCAAUUUGUCCUGGUAAAAUGGCGUAUCAGUGUUACGUGCAGAAAGUGUCUCACUAUUUAUACAAUAUGAUCCGUUCAUUUUUCUUAGUGCGAAUAAAAUCAUCCAUUGAAUGAUUUUCCCGUGUUGAACUCUUGAAUAUUUAUACUGAAUAAUUUUUCCCCUCUACAUCUAUGCCUAUUCCCCUCUACAUCUUUUCAGUCCAAUAAUUAAAUCCAGAUUUCGCCCCCAUUUGGUAGUACGCGCAACAAAAGCUAAAUAUGAAUCACAAUUUCAACAUAAAUUAUUCAUAUCUGUGACUGAAAUUGAAACGAACGAAAUAUUUUUCAAUAGCUCCACAAUGUUAUUCUCAUGGAUCACUGUGAAAACUUUAAAGAAAUCCUUGUGAUAAAUUGUUAAAUAAUUUUUUUAAUGCCAGCUCUGGUUAUUCGUAUCGAGGUGAAUGAACUUCAGCCUCUUCAUUUUAGACUGAAAACCAAAGUGAGUGUUGAAAUUUUCUUUGUUCCAAAAAUCUACCACUAAUAACAAAUAAAUAGAUUUUAUAAAAUCUCUUGACACGAAUAAUUAUGACCUGGAAGGAUGUUCACUCUGGAGGAACUGACCGAUUACGAAUAUUAUUCAAUAAAAAAGUUUCAUGAAAAAA